UAUAUGUAAUGUUUCGUGGGUACUCGCGUACAUUAUAGGGAAUGGGAUCAUUGCAAAAAUAUGACAGCAAAUCAAGUGGGCAAGUUCCCAUAUCCAUGGACAUUUGAUAAUACGUAUGGCCAUGGAAUAUGCCAAGGUAGUGGAGAUGUCCAUUAUGUAACUUAUGACAACUGGCGAUCAAUUGAUUUCCAAGGACCAUGUUUGUACACUCUAACUAGACUAUGCUGUGGAUCAUGUAAUAGAAGAGAAGAUAGAUUUUGCCCACGGACUGAUUUUCAUGUUAAGGUUAAACAAAGACCUGUGGGAACUCCUGCAUAUCCCCUGGCUUAUGUGGACUAUAUAGUUGUGGAGAUUUGUGGAUAUUCAGUCAUCCUGGAUGAAGGAAAAUGGGCAGUGGUCGAAACAACUCAUGCAAACUAUGUACCAAACCCCUUUACUACUUACUCGAGUGGCGUAUUAAGUCUACCACGAGUUUGGGGCUGUGAAAAUGGAACUGAGUUUCGGCUUUCUAACUGGGGCACAAAUGGUAUUCAAUUUGAAACUAAAUUCAUGAUUAUUUACAACAGUCCAACCUAUGUAAGGGUUAAAUUGUCAAAGAAAUACAAAUCAAAAGUUUGUGGAAUUUGUGGAAACUUCAAUGGUAAUCCAGAGGAUGAUUUAGUGACCCGUGAUGGUAUAGAUGUAAGCGGCUAUCCCGAUGGUU